CCCGCGACAAUACACUCCGAUUUUUUGCUCGGUCGUCAUUUGUUUUCAGUUUUGACAAAGUUUUGAAAGGCAGUUUUGACAUAUUGGUCAACAGACACAUACACAGACGCGCCAAUUCGCCAUAAGGCUCGCUGGAUGCUUGGGAGUGGAGUUUUGGAUUUUAUGGAUUCGUGCAAUAUGUGUGAGAUAAAAAGGAAGUACUAAAGGUGGUUUUGUUGAGUCAGAGGAGCUGGGAAAGUGAAGAAAUGUCAGAGAGGAAACAUGUACAUCUGGUGCACGGUGAUGUGAGUGGAUCCUGGUUCGGGAAUGGGCGAAAAAGGGAGUGUAAAUAAUUUUGCCCCUAGACUGCCGCCCACACACCCGGUGGCUCCUGUCCUUUGCGCAAAAUCGCACUCGCCAAAAAAGAGCUCGUGAAUUUUCCAACUCGCCUUCCUAUUAGACCCGUGAAACGGUUCACUACUCUCCUCGAGUUCUUGUUGCUUCCGGAUAAUUUGUUUAGCGUUUACCUUUGUGGACUUUUGGGCAGUCGUGAGCGAAAACAGAAGGGUACUUAGAGCCUGCAGAACUGUUGGGUCUACGAGCACGAACCUGGUCUGGGAAACACCCUUGGAAGCCGCGCUUUUGGUCGCAAGUGUGAAAUUUAAGAUUGAUGCGUGACUGCUGCUGUUGUAGGAGUCGCUCUGAUUCUAUUACCGGAUCUUGUAAUGCUCAGCUCCCCUUCGUAGUUUCCUCGAUAGUAUAGUGAUCAGUACCCAGUGCGUGUUUCACGUCGUGUUAAUAAUUUGGUUUUCGCGGUCGACAGCGCUGUCAUUGCAUGAGCCCAGUGGCUAUCGCUGCGGCAGUAUUGCUUCCACGGCGAGACUAGUUCAGCAUCACUCGCUGCAUCUCUAUUUCCUUCCUUCCAUCGUCGCAUCAUCAGUCUCGUUCGUGUUUCGCGUUUUUUCUGCCUCAUUUUAUUCUUUCCUCAAGUGUGGACCAUUUGUGUGCUUGUUUUCCUUUGAAUGCAUCUCCCCAAGUACACGACGCCGUGCCCCCUUCCCGCCAGUGAAACCGCAAAACUCCCGGUUUAAUUGUUUUUCGUUAAAAUAUGUGAAGUCAUAAAAAAAAUUGAGAAAUUUCCCAAGUGGAUAUCCAGUAGAAAUUUUCUUAUUUGUGUGAAGUGAAGAGAAAGAGGAGUGGAGAGUGGAAUAAGCUUUAAAGUGUAAUGGAUUUUUACUCCAAGUAAGGAGAGUAGGUUGCAUGUGUGCGAUAUGUGCUAAUCAACUCAAAAAAGGAUUAUUGCAAAGCGGAAAUCUGAAAAGGAUUAUUAUUUACAGAUGGAAACAUGGGAGCUAAAAAGCUACUCGUCACGUCUUCGAAGCAACCACGGCCGCUUGGCAAGGCAAUGGGUAGAAACCGAGCUUCAGAUGGUUCAUUCACUGCCAAAAUUGGAACUACGAAAAACACUGCCCCAAAAGGAAGAACUGCAACUCCCGUUAAGCAGUUGGAUAAGGCUGGUCAAACUGCAACACAAACUAAGAAAGAUAAAGAAGACCCCAGCAAGUCCCCCGCUCAAAAGCCCGCACAGGUACAAAAGGCGGUGGCAUCGGCCAAACCCCAAACAAAAAAAUCCAACUCUCAAUCAACCGAAGUGCGUAGUGCAUCUCCGAAGAAGUCUCCCGUUCGACAUAGACCAACCGAUGACAAAUCUAAAGCUAUAAGUAAAGUUAUAAAAAGUUUAGAUAUAAAAAUUAGCGGAUUUAAAACUAUUAUUGCCGAAGAACAGAAAGCCGAAUGCAAAGCGUCAAUUUCGGAAAUUGUAAAAACGAAGUCGAGAGCGGCUUCAGCGAAAAUCAGUCCCGGACCGUUGGGGAAGCCAGUGAAGAAACAUGAUGAUCCUACGCCGGUGAAAAAAGCAAAGAUAACUAGUAGUCUUCCUCGUUCAGACAAACCAAAAGUGGUAGAUACCAAAGAUACAAAGCAUCUGACGGAAGAUCAGAAAACCGAAAAGAAAAGCUCUAAGAGUAAAGAUUCGAAGGAAGAAGGAAGCAGUGUUAGUUCCAGUGAAAAUUCUAGCAACGAAGAUCAUUCGAGGAAAAGUGAAAACGUCGCAAAUGUAUCUCAAGCCCUGAAAUCUUCGGAAGACAAAUCAGAAAAAUUGAAAGUAGCCAAGGAGGGAAAUAAGAAUAAAAGUGUCGAUGAGGGAGAAAAGAAGAAAACUAUUAAGAAAUCCACUAAGCCUUUUUCGAAGUUAUCUUCCGAAGCUGCAGAAAAGGAAAAAAAGAAGGAGAAGAAGGAAAGUAAACCAGUGGUGAAGAAAGAGGAAACAGAACGAAGAACAGAUGAUAAUGAACUAAAAAAUAUUCAAGAGAACACAAGUGUUGAGAAAUUAAGCCCAACUUUCGAGGGAAAAUUGGAUAAUCGAUCAAUAAGCGAAAGUUCUUCUGAAUUAAGUAGUAAAGACGAUGUUGUUAGAAAUAGUCAGGUUUCAUCUAAUCAAAAGGAGGAAUCAUUAGGGAAACAGGACGCGGAACGACCAGCCAAACAAAAAGACGAAUUAAAUGCUGCGAAGGAGUUUGCUGCGAAGAAGAAUGAAGAAACUGUUCCCAGUAAAAAAGGAGCACAUGAAUCAAGUAAAAAGUGUGAAUUAUCCCUUACAAAACAAAACAAAAAUCCUAUCGACAAAACUAAGAGUGGAAAAACUCCCAACAAGCCUUUGGAAAAGAAGCAACCAAAGAAAACCAAAGAAGUGGCAAAACCGCGUUCUCAUAACAACGAGACUAAUAUUAACGAGGUAAAGGUCAGCAGCAGCGGUAAACCAGCGUCGAAAGCAUCCAAAUCGAAGGAAAAGUUGGAGAUAAAUAAAAAUUCGUUAAAUGAUGACACCAGUAAUUAUGGGAAAACUAUGACUCCUCAAAAAAGUCUUGCGGCGGAAUCCAUAGCUUUGAUUGAUUAUCCGGAAAAUUGUAAAGAGCUGGGAAUCGAUGAUAAAGAGUUAGUCGGAAGUACUAAUUCAAAUCAGAAAGAAUCCAAACAAAUUCCCGCCGAAGAACCGAAGAAGACGAAUGCACAACCAACGGAAAGCAACACUUCCAAAAAAUCACUUUCGGUGCGAGAACGUCUUCAGAAAAAGUAUGUGGGAAAUAAAACCACAACAUUUAAAGCUUUCAAAGCCAAGAAACAAAUCGCUUUACCUAGGAAAGGUGCGACGUCGCCAUCCAAGUCCCCAAAAAGAGAACAAAUGCGCAGUCCCAGUAAAAAGUCAGUAAAGAAAGGAGACGACAUUUAUGAUUUCAAAACGGAGUCGGAAAGUGACGAUAACAUAAAGAUGAAUCUCAUUAUCGAAACGUCAAUGCUCUCUAAACUUUCCAAAUUGGCCAAGGCCAAGGAGGAGGAUAAGAAAAAUGAAGAAGAGGAACCAGUGAAAGAACAAAAAGCGAUCGAGGAGAAGACUCCCGAGGUUCAGGAUAAUAAAAAGGAAAAUAUAGAAAAAGUUGAAUCGGUUGGGAAAGUGAACAAAGUUGAGGUAAAAGCGAAGAGUGAAAAUGAACCAAGACCCAAGUCAGAUACUAAAGUAGCAUCAAGUAAAGCCAAAGAAAAAGGAAAACCUAAAGUCGAGAAAGAUUUUUCUGAUGAAGACGAUCGACCUCUCCAACAAACGAAAAAACUGUUAGAAGAUGCAAAACUAGAGAGUGCAGAAAAUGAUCUUCGUAUUGAAGAAAAACCACUUCCACCUAAGAUCAAGGAUGAAAUCAAAACGGAUCCUAAAAAGUCAGGGAAGAACACAAAAGCAGUCAAGGCGAAAGCUGUUAAGAAACCGCCAGUAGUUAAGCGAAAGGCACGGAAUGAGUCCACAAAUAGCGAAGAGAGUGAGAACGACGAUAGCGAUGACACUUCUUCCUCAGAAAGUUGUCUUGCUUUCGGUCCUAAACGGCAUAGAAUGGCCUCACUGAAUGCCCUUGCAAAAGUCCAAUGUCUCUACGAAAAUGAAUCACGUACCGCCCACGAGCUGGGACUAUCGAAAAGCUCUCAAGCACCAAAAAUCCGAAUUAUUGCAUCAGGCACCAGCUCUGAUGAAGAAGAAAAUGCCGCUAAGAAGUUGAAAAAGGAAGAACCAAAAGAAGAGCCAAUCAUAGAGGAGAAAGAGGAAAGUUCUGCUCCCGAAGAAGAAAACAAACGAGAACUAAGAAACGCACCAGGUAUGCGAGGCAUGGGGAAACAUUGGGACUUCAAUGAUGCAUCGAGUUUCGAAAGUGGUCAUGAAAGUGACGUGACAUUCCGUCACGGAGACGACAAACCGAAAUCCAAGAAACGCAAAAUUGUUAAACCAAAACCUGCGGCUAAGGUAAAAGAGAAGGUGGACUCUGCCAAGGUAAAGAAAGCACCUGCCCCGAAAGUUGUUAAGAAAAAGCCUCGACCGCAAUCUUCUAAGGAGGUGUCCGAAUCCAGUGACGAAGAAGAAAGUGAUAAGAAUCAACAGAAGAAGCGAAAACGUGAGGACACUCCUGAAUUGAAAAUUAAUAUUACAUCGAAACGGAUGGCGAGUUUGAAUGCAAGUGCAAUAGUAGCGGCAACGUACGAAGUUGAAAGACACUUGGACCGCAAUUUGGAUUCCGAUUGUAGUAGUUUUGAGAGUCUUCCUGACGACGUGAAGGCCCAACCCGCUAAGAAAAGCAAAGAGCAAGCGGCGAAAGCAGACCCUAUUGAUGAACCCCCCAAGGAUAAUAGUCGUCCAACUUCAACUAGUGUUGUUAUAGUGCAGGACACCGACGUAACAAUCACGGGGGUCUAUGUAAAUUCCUCGACUGGUUCUAGCCAAGAAGCUUAUUGCAAAAUGCAAUAUCGAGUGCAGUCAAGUGUAACCGAAGAGAGAGUCCUUCGACCUAGUUCCAUCGAUCCACCGAAAUCGUAUACACCGUUGAGUGCUUUGUCAAGUAUGAGACCACCUGGCACCGAUGGGAGUCAGCCUGUUUCGCCAGAAGAUCUCUCGCCAACUCAAUCGCAACAAACAUUCCAACCGACAGUAGUUAACCAUGGCGAGCAACCGCCAGGCUCUGCUCCCCCGCACCCUCAGCAACAGCAGCAGCCAAAUGCACAUAUCUAUGCACCACACCAUCAUCAUCACUCGCAACCACCAUCACAAGCGCCAGGUCAAGAGCAAAUGCAUCACAUGCACCAUCAACAAUCACCACCUAAAUAUCAUCACAUGCAUCACCAUCACCAUCAACAACCGCCCCUGGCGCAGCCCAGAUGCGAAUCACCGCUACGCUAUCCACCCGGAGCAUAUCAAAAUGUCCAACCACCGAUGCCCCCACCACCGAAUUCCAUAUCGAUAUCCGGCGGAGGUUCUAGUGCCUUUUGUGCACCCUCCAUGCAACAAUCUCAUCAUGAUAUAAGCGGCUACUAUCAACCAGCUGGACCACUAAUAUCGCAACAUGUCCUACCACCUGUACCACCAACUAGCUCAUCGUUAGUGGCAUCGAGCAAGCAGAUUUCAUCACCUCUCGAUCCAGAACGAGAUCAUCAACUUUCCCAAAUAUCACAUCAAUCGUCAUCAUCAACCGAGAAUCCAGACAGCGAUGUGUUAAUCACGGGUGGUGAUCUGUCUCCAUUCCGAUAUCCAUCACAACAGUCUCAACAAGGACAACCACCACAAGCACAAGCAUUGUCGGCGCUUGCAUCAUCACAGCAACCAUCGCCGCAACAAAAUUCACCUUAUUCGCGGCAAAUACAUCCAAUGCAUUAUCCGCCAUAUCCGCCUAGCUAUUACAACCCCUAUGGGGGUGAUGCGAUGUGCUACCCCCCACCCUACCAACAUUAUUUCCCCAAAGUAUACCAAAGUGCACCAACAUAUCGACGAUAUACGUCUUACUAUCAACCAGGACCACCACCGCCUCCAAACGAUUUGUAUGAUCCUCCGCCACCACCGUCGAACGCUGCACAACCCCCACCACCGUCUGGAUCGCAGCUGGUCCCUGCAGGACACAGUGGGCCACAACAUAUUGAACAUUAUCCAGGACCACCUGGUUUUUAUACGGGCUAUAAUCCGGGUGGAGGAGAGUGUUAUCCGCCACGCGGUAUGCAACCGCCUUAUAUGGAGUAUCCAGCUCCGUGUCCAUGUCCAAUGCAAUCGUGUCCAAAAAACGUCCUUACUGGGCCUCUUAUUGGUAGCAACAGCAGCAACAGUGGCAGCAACAACAACAAUUUGAACAGCUCCACAAACAGCAACAGUGCAAACACUAUGAAUUCAGGCAGCACGAACAUCAACAGUAUUAGCAACAAUAACAGCAGUACCACGAACAAUAACAGCAGCCUUAAUAAUCAUAAUCAGCCGUUGAAAGCCAAUAAGGGCCCAGUGAGAAUCCCUUCCAAUCAUCUGAUAGGACAACACGACCAAGCAGUGCCACCACCAAGUACGAAUCUAGCAAAUGGUCAGCCAAUGUUGGGGAAACCCAUGCACCGGCAUCACCAUCAUCUCACUUGUAAAAUGGAACUGAUGGACCCGCUUAAAACAGAAAUGAAAUCAAACGUGAUCAGCAACUCGACUGAAACAAGGAAAACAGGCCAGUAUGAAGAAAACGUAGUCCCGCCAACGCCGCCUACAAUGUACACAGUCAAUGAUAAACUGACGGAACCUGAAGCAACUUUGAGUCCCGCUCGAGGCUCCACUGGCCCCCAAACAGUACCCGAGCAAAAUGAAGAUGCGGCAGCACAAACCAAGGGAAACGAAUCGAGUAAUCCAACCAAAUCUUCACAAUGUCUCAGUGCGGAAUGUGAAAAUACCAACUCGAAUUCAGCCCCGCUUAUAGGCCGGAAAGCACGCAUUGGAAAAUCGAUGGCCAGAGAAAUGAUGUACGGAGCGCAUACAGUAAAUACCCCUCACCAACAUACUCAAAUUUGCACCAGUCAUCCUUUUCCUCACCAUCAUCAGCAUCCGCUUUUACCUAGUCACAACUCCACGUCUGAUGCAGCAAAAGUUCCAGCUCCAGAAUCCAUGAAUGUAUCCAUUACGCCCAAUAUUAACAAAAUCAAAAAGGAGGAAAUCAAAUUGGAAGAAGAGGACGAUGUAGUUAUCCUGGAAGAAGAAGUAAAAGAAGUGAAAUCUGAACCAGAUGUCGUUGAAAUUCCCGAUAAAUCCUCAGAUGUAGAAGACAAUCGAGAAGAUAUAUCUGUGCCUCGUCUACAUGCGAAAAGGAUAAAAAUUCUAGAUAACAAAUCCUCUGGUAAAAAAUCCUCUCCCAAUGGAUACAAGAGCCUUAUAAAGCAAGCGGAACCAAAGUCAUAUCUUUGCUUGAGUGCAAUGAAGCGAGACAAGAAGAGCUACUUCCGAAAAUAUUCUAGGCUAGCAUCCCGAUCGGGAAUACGUAAACGCAAGCUGGUGCUCACUGAACAGCAGAAGAAACGCUUGUCAAUUCGCAAACGUAACCUUAUCAUGAUGGAGAAAAUGAAACAGCAGAAAAUGGAGAAUGCGGCCAGUACUGUAGCCAAAAAGUCUACACCAUCUCUCCGAGUAGAAGUUGUGAAGCAACAAGAAAAUAAUACCUCUCACAGGCUUGAAUUUGAAAAGCCUGAAUUGCCAGCUGAAUAUAUGAACGAGAAUCGAGGAUACUUUUCUGAACCUGAUAUCCGAUCAACCUCAUCACGCAAAACAAAGAAAACGCGGUCAACGGAAACCCGUUCCAAGUCUGAAACGAAAAAGUCAAAAUCUCAUAGGAAAGUUACUAAUCAUUCAACUAGCGCUUCUGUUAUGAAUGGAAACCUGUCUUCUGAUGAAACAAUGCCAAAGUUGCCUGAAAAUAUCAAUAAUUCAAAUAACUCAAUUAUUAGUCAAACUGAACGAGCGGCGAACGAGCAAAGGACUUCCAAAAAAUCAUCGCAUUCAAAGAAUUCAAAGAAGAAAUCCAAAUCUCAACAGUCGUCAAACGAGGAAGAGGGUAACGAUUGCAACAAUCAGACUACGACUGACUUUCCUCCUCGGCCUGUGGAUGCUUCCUCUUCUGCACCUGCUACUUCAAGAAUGGAUGUUGAUGAAAGGGUGACGGAUGAUAGCCUUAGUGAGCAGAACAACAACAAUAAAGCUGUAGAUUUCCCAGAAGAUAUACCAGCGGCAACGGUCACGCACUUCCGAACCACUCACUCUGGAAAACGAUCACGGGCGAGAGGUAGCCGUUUUAGUAAGAAACGGUCCAAAUAUCGACGCCUCCAAGAGGUGGACGAUUCAAUUAUCCCACGUAAAUUGAAUGCUGUGCCAAAAUGGAAUAAUGGAUGGUCAUGGCUUGGGGAACCGUUCCAGGCGAAGGUUUUCCUAAAUAGUGACGAUCCCUUGGUGAUAAGGACCUGCUACCCGUCUAUGCAACAUACAGAAGGUGAUAUAAUCCGACCGCGAGAUUGUGUUCUCCUGAAAGCAGGGAACAAGAAGAACGAACUGCCAUAUGUGGCUAAAGUUGCACACUUGUGGGAGAAUCCAGAAGAUGGUGAAAUGAUGAUGUCCUUGCUGUGGUACUACAGACCGGAGCAUACGGAGCAAGGACGACAGCCGAACGAUUGUUCCGAUGAAGUUUUCGCGUCGAGACAUCGGGAUCACAAUUCAGUUGCUUGCAUCGAGGAUAAAUGUUAUGUGCUAACAUUCAGUGAAUAUUGCAGACAUCGACGACGUGUUCGUGGGGCCGAAGAAGGAAUUGAAGAGGAACAUUCAGUUGUGCCUCUACUAAAAACAUCUAGCAAUAUUCCAAAAGUUCCGGUAACGACGAAUCCUGAACAAGUCAUGUUUUGCCAACGAGUCUAUGAGUUUCGAAUGAAACGUUUACUAAAAACACCUACAAACUAGUAGCUACUAAUAAGCGGUAACAAACAAAGUAAAAACAAAUACUAACAAAUAAUGAAGCAACUAAACAGACUAGGCAUAUGUGAAGUAGUGUUUUUUCUAAGCAGCAACAAUGUUGUCGUAGCAUGAAAUUAGAUGAUGCAAACUAAAUAAUUAUUAGGAAUGAAGAGAAAACAGGAAGUACCUAUAAUAGAGAUUAAAUAUUUAAAUAAAUUUACAAAAAAACAAAAUACAAACAAACCAAUUGGCUAGAGAUGAUCCGAAAGUAUCGUCUAGCUGUCUUUUUGUAACUACUUGACCCAAUGCAUUACACUUAAAAUACAUCACAUGAGUAGUCGUGGACCGUUUCCUUAUUUUACUGUAAGUGGAGAAAUCGAAGAUGAGGAGAAAACAUGAGAUUUAUUAGUAUUUAACUUUUAUUCCUUUGUAUGUAUGUCUGUUCAUAUGUAAAUGGUACAUAUAUUGUUUUUAAUAUUAUUUUAUUUGUUAAUUUAUUUCAUCAGCUUAUUCCGACUCUAGUUGUUGCAUUGAAUGUUAAACUCCAAGUUGAAACAUUUUCUAUUUAUUUUUUUAUUUCUUACGAUAUAGUUUGACUAUUGCAAAUUUAGUUCAAUUCAUGAGUACUAUUUGUCGGAAUUAUGAUGUCUUUGCAAACAGCUUUUUUGCAAUUCUAUAUUUUAAAAAAUGGCGAUGAUUUCCUAAAAUGUCCUACCCAAAAGCUAGAGAAAAACUGUCAUGUAAGGGUUAUCGUAGAAGUACCCAGCCUAAUAAGGAGAAUACCCAAAGUUUGGAAAAACGUAUCCCUCUUUUUCAAUCUAGUUUGUUUUAAGCUGGAUAUAUUUUCCCCAGUGAAGUCUAAUACUUUUAAUACGACAUUUCUAACGAGAGUUUCCAGGCUCGUCAACAUAGCCAUCAGACUCCGCAUUUGCGCACUCCAACUGAAUCAGUCCUUCCAUCUUUAAGCACUGUUUUGGCCCAUAGAAAUUCAAGCGUUCUUCUUCUAUGGCCUCCUGAAAUUUUCGUCCCCAUUUUUACCGGUCGUGCGGCCGCAUCCUUCAAUAUCGGAAACCGAGCAGUGUAUAACUUGUGUUGUUCACCGAGUCCUCCCAUCUGUUUCUUGAUUUUGAUUGUGAUGGUUUACCUUCUGCCUUGCUUUUGAGUAGCUACCUGGGGAUUCUCCUAAUGUUCAUAUGCUCUACAUGGCCUGCACACCAGAGCUUUUAAAUUUUAAUGAUUGUAUUUUAUUUGCCGUCCACCAUCGACUCUCAGUGGAUUCUCCUGAGGACUCGACCUUAGAGAACAUCGAUUUUUUACUCUGCGGCCUGGUAUCACUGACGAAAUACAGAACAGGCCCAAUCAAAGUUUUAUAUAUUACGAAUUUUGUUUAUCCUGUUUAUAUUUUAAUUUUUUAGAAUUGGCAGGGCGAGGUCAAAUGUUUUGCUGGCAAACAUGAUCUGCCUAUUGGUUUCGUAAAUUUCGUUGUUGUCCUUUAUGAGAGUUGUACCUAAGUAUAUAAAACUCUCAACUUGUUCGAAGUUGUAAUCGGUUGGUGUCGCGUUUUGUCCGGUUUAUUUUUAAUCCAACUUCAUUCGCUUCCUCGCCAAUCUUGAUUAGAGUCUCCUUCGCGCUCUGUCUUGAAGGUGCCCAAAUAUUUUUAUUAUCCAUAUCUGCCAUAAUUUAUACAGUGGUGUAGCAUCCGUUGACAUCUAUCAAAUUACAUACUGCAGAGCGAUAUUAAAUAAUAGUGCGGACACAUCAUUGCCUUAUUUUAAUCUGGAGUCGGUUUUGUACCUUUACUUAGGCGCUAGGCUGACCCAUUGUCAUUCUGAUGGGUCUAAUUAGUUUCACUGGCUAUAUUUUACGCCAGAUGUGUAUAUAAAUACAGUUUUCUAAGAAGCUUCUAUAUUUUCAACAGGCUUGAAAUAUCAACUGUUUCAGAUAGAUAGGCUAAGAAAUAGCCUUUCUUCAUCCAUUUUAAUAAAAUCCUGCCUCACCUACGCUAAAAUAUUUUUUUCACGGAUUGAAGGAUCCUAAGUCCGCAUCCACUUGAUGUCGCGCCGGACUAACUUACUCCCUCUUUUUUUGGUCCACGGACCCCCAAUUUGGGCUUAGCACCCAGGCUGCAAAAAACAAAAAGCGAAGACGGCUUUUCGGUUUCUUACCAAGGCAGAGGCAACUCGACAUCCCUCUCUCUGAUCAACAUGACCGAAGCCGUUCGCAGAUGUUAAACGCUCCAUUCUAUAAUUCAUAGAAUAUGACAUGGUUACCUGGUGUUCGCGCUGUAACUGUCUUCAUCAAUAAUAUAAUCGUCAGCAUUAGUGGCUUCUCCACUCACAAAAUUCCGAAAACAUUUUGUGCAGUACCGAUCAAUUGGUACUGUCGUAUUCCUAUUUGAAAUCAACGAAAACUUCAUGGAUAUGGACGCUAUAUUCCGGAAAUUUCUCCAGUAUUUGUUUCACUGAGAAUAUUCAUCAUGGUAUUUGCCAACAAUAUUUUUUAGAGGGAUUCGAGCCUUCUUUCGAUUCGUGAUAUUUAGACGAAUAACGAUACCCCUCUAUAGUUCUCCCAGUAUAGUUAGCCACGCAAAUCUCCCUACAUAGUUUCAUCAAAUUAAAUAGUGUUUAUGAGCUCAGGAAUCUCGGUCGCCAUCUCCACACUUCUUGCCUUUAGAAGUUCAGCAGAUAUUCAAUUCACACCCGGUGCUUUGUUGUUGCCCAGCGUUUUUAGGGUCUCGUUGCCUUCUUUCGGUGUAGAUUAUGGGACAUGUGCCUGUACGGCAUUUGCUCCUUCAAUGUAUGGAUAUUGAAUUGACCCCAUGGAUAUUGGAUAUUGAAUUGACCCCAUCGAUUUUUUAUUUGCUCUAUGUCACCGAUAAGAUUCCUCACAAAAUAUAGUUCUAGACUGGACUCCUACUGUCAUUGCCUCUUAAAGUUUUCGCUUGAUCUGCAGAGGUCGUAAUUGAAAUGCUUUUGUUUCUUCUUUGUAGAGAAGAGUGGAUGUCUUAAUUUAAAGUAUUUAUCUCGUUUGGCUCUUGUGGGUCUCUCCUGAUAUUGUUUAUAUGCAGCGUUUUUCUCAUCGACUCGAUACGUUCCUUUUCCACCAAGGUUCGUGCCCAAUGGGUUUCUCUACAGCCGUCUUUACUGCGUCUUUGAACUGGCUCCAUUUCACAUCAAUGCUAUUGGCGUCCUGGUAUCGGUUCAAUGUCUGCAGGAUUUGUUUUUCUAAUGCGCCAACAUAUUUCGAUGGUAUUUCUUCAUUCUGGAGUUUUUUCAGUAUUGAACGCGAUAGCUGGGUGAGUCUGCUACUCCCAUUAUUGGCUAUCCGGUAUAGAUAUCUUGUUCUGAUAAGAUAAUGGUCAAUAUGGCAAUUUGCUCCCCGGUAUAAACAUUCGUCUCAUUUGACGAGGCCCAUAUUCUCUUGUGAAUUCUGUGAUGAAGGAGACAAGUCCACGAGAUUGCCAUGUUUUUAGCACAAGCAAAUUCUUUGAACCUACUUUCGUUCUCGUUAGUUAUAUCGUACAGACCAUGGCCUCCAGUAGUUCCACGGAGGACCAGAUCUUUCUGUCAUUUGAGGACAGUGAAUCAAAUACUGACUCGAGGCGACUAUAGAAUUUUACUGAGCCGUCCUUGGCUUCCGUAGGAGCAUAUUCAUUGAUAAGCUAAACAUUGAAAAAUCUAGUUUUCUCUCAAAGCGCACCAAUUCUUUCGUUUUUUGGUUUGUGGACGGCAAAAUCUAUACCAUAUUCACGAGUUCUAGACUUCUUUCCAUUUUUAAAAGUAAUGUCCGCUCGAAAGCCAGUUACCUUAGUGACUAAUAAUUUUGUUUACUGGGUCGCUAAGACAUCUCUGUACUUUUCGACUUGUUCAAUGAGUGCUCGAAGAGCGCUAGUUCUGAACAGGCAAGGCACGUUCUAGAUUCUAAACGCAUAGUCCUUUUCCCGUUGCCGUAGUCAACGUUUUACUUCCAAUCCUACCCGAGGCUGACUUUUGGGCCCCAAGAGAAUAGCAUGCGUUGAACAGCCAACAGUCACUAUAAACAGGUUGUCAGUCAACAACCCCCAACUUGUAGGGCCAAUCGACUGAUAUGUUUUAUGGCGCAGAGAACUCAUCGUUCACCCUCUCCUGUCUGCUACUUUGCAUCACCCAAGGGAUACGAAUGUGGAGGUGACAGUAGGACUUGAUAGCAGGGCUGUAGGUAUUAAAUCAGCGUGUAUUAUCCAGGUAUUUGUUGAGGAUAGCCGUGCCGAAUCUAUAAACCUCCCAGUGAUAUAUACUACUUUUCAAUCCCUGAAGCGUUUCCAAACUUCACACUUAACAUCAUAAACAGUCAUCGAUAUGUCAGGUUGAGACUUUUUGGGACUACCCCGUAUAUAUUUUUCGGGAAAAAUCCGGAUAGAAUCGCAAGAAAUGUUCAGAACAUCUUAGAACUGAAGAGCAUGUACAGUAAAAGAAGCUUAAUAACAUUCUUAGAUAUUUAGUGAAGCAACAAUUCCCAAUCAUUUAGACAUUGAAGCAUGAGUCUACCUUUGAUUAGAAUCUAUUUGGUUUUGUCUUUAUUCAGGAACAUAUACCAUUUUAUUCUUAUUUAUUAUUAUUUUUAUUCUCAGUUACAGAGACCCAUUUGUCUCAGUUACAAAUUUAGUGCAUUCUAAUGUGAAUGAUAAAAUACUUGCAUUGGCAUCAGAAAUCUCCGAUAAAUAUAGCAAACCAUGAGACAAACAUUUCAUGAAUUGAAGGAGAAGAAAAAAACUUAAUAAUGGGAACAUUAAAAAACAAUACUAAAUGUAAAACACAAACACACGAAACACAUUUCAAUAUGAAUCUUUCGAAAAGAAUUUGCAUUGAAGACACAAACAAAAAUUGUUUAAAACUAAUAAGUAACCUGUACGAUGACAAGUAUUGUAAUAGAAUUAAAAACUGAUAAACACAAGCGACAACAAAAAUAAUAAGGAAAUAAAUUGAAAAUAACCAAAAGCACAGAAAGAUAAGAAUAACAAAUUUGAAAAAUUGAAAAAUGUAUGGUUACAACCGUUACAACUUAAUAGAAACAAACAAAAGUAAUGAGAAGAAGAAUAAUUCCGUAGAAAGUAUAUAAUAGCGAAAUAUUUAUAUUUGUAAAAUAUAUACAUACAUAUUAUAUAUAUUAUAGAUUUGUAGGA